GAAUCAAAUGAUUUUUUCGAUCGGGCACCUUGAUGGGCAGCUAAGAGGUUCAAGGAUGACGUGUUGACUGUUAAUUAAGCAGCAGAUGAGCAUCAAUCUCCAUCAAAGACUGCCCAUCUUAGCGAUAAAGGUGAUACAGAAGCAGCUGGAAGGUGAAGACUGGAAGAACACUGCCACUCAGUGGUGGAUCAUCUCUGCCUCCUUUUGCUCCACACAUCCUCGGAGUGUUCACGCUGCCAGGGCCAAACAAGUUGACACUUUUAGCGAAGCAACAAUUAGUCGGUGGGAUUCGUCAGUGACAAAAUUCAAUGGCGGAGACGCCGCAGGUGAGAAAGACGAGCGGAGAUGAGCGCCAGGAGGAGGCCGGGCAGCAGGCAGCUGAAGACCGGAAAAGUCGCUCGGAGGUCGGCCACGAGUCGGAAGAACCACCGCUGACUCUGCCGCUGGAUCAUUUUAAAAGCAGCAAGUUCUUCGUGCUGAGGCCUGGCACGCUGCACGAAGCCAUCAAAGAGGUGAAGUCUCUGGUGGAUACGCAAGUCGACGGCAACGUUCUCAGCAUUUGGCUGCUGGCAGAGGUGGAUCACUGGAAUAACGAGAGAGAACGUCUCGCGAUCAUUACUGACAACUUCCUGCUGCUCUUCAAGUACGACUUCGUCAUGUUCCGGUGUGAGCAGAUCCAAAAGAUUCCACUCAACUUUGUGGACCGGCUCUGCUACGGCACCUUCACCUUCCCGAUGACAAACCUGCUUCAGCGUGACGGCGAGGGCUUGCGUGUCUUCUGGGACCGACUGAGGGAGCCGUCCUUCACCUCCUGGUGGAACCCCUUUGCCAACGACCUGCCCUACGUCACCUUCACGUCCCACCCUGUGAGGCACCUCAGCGAGGCCUUCUCUUCCAUCUGCAAUAUUCAGAACUUCCGUGAGGAGCUCAAAGGAGCGGCGCAGAAAGCCCACAAGGUGAAGCCGGUCCCCGGGAAGGCCAAUGGCGUUCUGGUCCUGAACCAGUCCAUCCACAUCCAAGCUUACGUGGGCCUCAUGUCUUUCUUGGGGAACACCAACAAGCUGGGUUACUGCUUUGCUAGAGGAAACCUUGGCUUUUAGGGAAUCUUUCACAUGAGCAUGGUCUCGCUUGGUGCUGUGAGCUCACUAACCCAAUUUAGAUGUUGAUUAACCCUUGGCUAUUUUCCAAUGCUCCAAGAAUCAAGCCAUGACAUCUUGGAUGCGCUGCAAGCCUCUAAUAAUGUGCCGUAUUCUCUUCAGCGUGACACUUGACUCAUCUUCCUGCUUCUAUGAUAAUCCCUCGCUCUCACAACACCACGCUUGUCUUCCUCCCUCGGUGUUUCUGUUCAAAGCUGCUUGGCGCCCCACGCAGCCCCUAAGAGAUGCACGUUUGUUACUGUUUGUAUAGUUGGUUGUGUUUAUUUUUACACAACUCAUGCACUGGAGACGGCGCUAUCUGUGGCGCAAACUUUAUGCUUUUAGGUUGGCUCCUGUCUGCUUUUUUGCAUUUAUUAAACGAUCAUUCACGCGUUCAUUUCAUCUGGUAUUGACUGUUGCAAUUCUCUCUUCACUCUUUUCAACAAGUCAAAGCUAAAGAGACUUAAGACGGUACAAAAUGCAGCUGCCAGACUUUAGUCCGGUGCACCCAGAACAGCCCAUAUCACCCCCAUUUGAUCCAGUCUUCAUUGGCUUCCAGUCAAAUUCAGUUUAAGAUUUUAGUCCUGACGUUCUGUGCGUUGCAUGGCGGGGUCCCUUGGUACAUCACUGUGCCGAGGGAAAUUAUGCAACUUCACCUAUAUGGUCCAAAAAAUAUAUUAUUUGCAAAUCAAUAAUUAUAAUCUGCCGUUGUCUGUUGUCUGUGCUGUAUAGAGCUCGGCAGGGUAACCAUGUAGAACUCCAUACCAGUAGGUGGCAGCAGGUAGUCCGUUGCUUUGUAGAAGCAGUGUUUCCCAUAAACUGCCAAGAUACCUGUGGCGGUGGGGGCGUGACUAUGGGCGUGGUCACCAUGACAUAAUCGAGUAAUUUGCAUUAUUUACUACAAUGAUAUGAUUUUCUCUAAAAAGGCUCAAAAAAUGUAUACUUACUAAUUAAUAACAGUUUUGUUUUAAACGUCCAUCCAUCCAUCCAUUUUACAAUAUAAUUACAACACUUUAUGUACAUAUUUAUAUACAGAUUUGAACAAUAAGUUAUUCACUGAAAUAUAUUUAAUAAUUGUGGUUCUUACAAAAAAUAUAUCUUAUAAAAUAUAAAAGCUAAAAUGUCUCUUAAAGCUCUGCCCCUUUAAUUAGUGCAUACUAAAUAAUUUAACUUUAGCCUACUACUACAACCAUAUUAUUUACCAGCAACAUAAAGUGAAACAGAGGCAGAGGUGUCCUGCCACAGUCAGUAACAAAUAAACAGAAAACAGUAG